AUGGCGGACGUUAACCCGAUAAAAGACUUCAUCGCCGGCGGAUUCGGUGGCGUGUGCCUUGUUUUCGCAGGGCAUCCGCUUGAUACAAUCAAGGUCCGUCUCCAGACCCAGCCCACCCCACCUCCAGGACAGGCCCCCAAGUUUGCAGGAGCAUGGGACUGUGCCAGGCAGACAGUGAUGAAGGAGGGGUUCCGAGGCCUGUACAAGGGCAUGGCAGCUCCGAUUGUGGGCGUGUCCCCCAUGUUCGCUGUAUGUUUCUUCGGCUUUGGACUUGGGAAAAAGUUGCAGGCAGGAGAGAAGACCAAUGCUGAGUUGUCGUACAUACAGCUGUGGAAUGCAGGUAUGUUGGCAGGUGUCUUCACUACUGUCAUCAUGGCACCUGGUGAGCGCAUCAAGUGCCUGCUGCAGAUCCAGGCUGAUGCUGGGUCCAAGAAGUAUGCUGGCCCGGUGGACUGUGCCAAGCAGCUGUACAGGGAAGGGGGGAUCAGGAGUGUGUACAGAGGGACAGCUCUCACACUGAUGAGGGAUGUACCAGCAAGUGGAAUGUACUUCAUGAGCUACGAGAUUCUGCAACGUAAACUGACACCAGAGGGGAAGACGCGCAAAGAUAUGAGUGUAGGGAGGACACUGUUCGCUGGAGGAAUGGCAGGAGUUUUUAACUGGAUGGUGGCAAUUGCGCCUGACACACUGAAGUCCCGCUUCCAGACAGCUCCCGCUGGGAAGUACAGUGGUGUUGGUGAUGUGUUACGGCACCUAGUCAGGGAGGAGGGGCCUCAGGCUCUGUUCAAGGGCGUGGCCCCCAUUAUGGUCAGGGCCUUCCCUGCUAAUGCUGCUUGUUUCCUUGGUUACGAGAUGUGUAUGAAGUUCCUCGACUGGCUGGCCCCUGGCUGGUAACAAGGAGAGAUUGUCCACAAUGCUGCAACCAUGGCAACAGUGGAGAAUGAAUCAGCCAAUCACAUUAGUGGAUGACUGACUGUGUCAGUCUAUAAUCAACCCAUUAUUGAGUAGGAGGGAAACUUGUCACAGCUUCCAAUACUAGGCUGUGGACAGCACCAGACUGUGUAGAAUGUUUUGGGGAAUUUCAGAUGGUUUUCAGUUAUAUGACAGGGACCAUGCCAUUGUCUCAGGAGCAUGCAGGGGUGACAAAAUAACACUUUUCGAAAUGUUCCAUUGUUAUGUUUGUGGUCUUGCUGAAUGGUCAGGGAAGUUGAACAAAAGUGAUACAAAUGUACUACUAUGUGUUUCACUGGUAUGAUUUACAUGCAGUGCCUAUAAUAUAGAAGGGAGAAGCACUUUUGUCUCCACUAAUAAAUUCAGUACUAUUGUGAUGACUUCAUUGCAGUGAGUGAAGACUGUACUUUGAUUAUUAGAUAAUGAACAUAUUGUAUCCCUACCAAUAAAGCUUCCCCAGGGAUUUCUUGCCUUCUAAUAAAAUGCUAUACAUCCAUGAUAUUCAAAGUAUCCAGUAGUAGCUAUGGGAGUAGUAGUCAAACCUCUGGUUAUAUUUUCUGAUGUCAAAAAAUGAGUCAUGCUAAUUUUGGUGUGUUAUAUGUAUAUAGGAGCCAUAUUAGAUAUAAUUUUGGAUAAACUUCUGUAAGGUGUUUGAAGGUGAGGGGCCGAGGGAAAGAGUGAAAAUGCUGUUCUGUGAACAUGCAUUUUGAAAUGAACUGGUAUUAUAAACACCAUGACUGGCGAACUAUAUAUAAAUGUCCCCUGGAUCUGAUAGAUACAUGUAGUGUGACUGAUAAAAGAAUUCAAUCAGGUGACCUCAAUUUGUUUGGUUCUCAGAGUUAUAAGGGAAUGCUGCAUACAUGUACAAGACAGUGAACACAAACUUAGUACAUUUGAUUUAUAGCACACUCGGUUCAUGAUGUUUUCUUCCUUGCCUGUCUCACAUCAUUUUAUUGAAAGCUUUAUGUCAUAACCAUGACAUGUAUUGAACAAAUUGUAACUGUUCAGACAAAUAAACAUUUUGUCAUCUGA